GACCUCAUGUGGACUCGGACUCGGACACGCCCUGCGCGCUUUAAAUGGCGCUUUAUUAACUGGGCUGCUAUCCACACCGGCAUCGCACCGUUUGAUCUGCCCCGUCUGUGCUUGUGAUUAACAUAACACAAUCAAACUGACCCUCGCUGACUGCAUUCUAUACUCUGAUCUUGGAGUCAGCAAUUUAAACGCAGCUACACUGCCCUUAUAUCUAUUCGCGCGGCUCAGACGCCUCAGCCAUUCCGACCUUAUCUUUCCGGUUCCGAAUCGUGUGCCGUUCAAGUUCGAGGCAUUUGCACUUCUCCAAGUCACCAGAACCAUACUCGCUGCCACCGUCUGGUACCCGACCUAAGCAGAAGACAUCCUCGCCGAAUGCUACGGGACACAGACGGGCUGAAACUACAGACCAGAUUUAUUAGACAUUCUUUUUAACGACAAUGUCAUCACCCUCCGCUGCCGCAGCAGCCUCAUCGCUCCCACCACUAGACUCCUCACGCAACGCCUCCAGAACCGGUGGCUCUAGACGCCUCGGAAUGCAGACUGCAUCCCCCGCACGCCGUGCAGGCACUGGCUCUGCAACGCAGAUUAUCACACCCAACGGAUCUGCUUCUUCACGCUCAGUAUCGCCCGAACCACUCGUCCUGCGUCUCCGUGGCGCCCAUGAAGCCACUGGGAGCGACAGCGCGCGCAGCAGUCGCCGACGCAUCCAGUGGGCCGAGGAUGUGGUAGACAACGAAGGACUCGGGCGGAAGUCGAGUAAAGUCUGCUGCAUAUACCACAAGACACGGGAGUUUGGAGAAAGCUCCAGCGAAGAGGACAGCUCCAGCGAUAGCGAUUCAUCAAGUGACAGUGAUGACGGCGGGAGUGAUAGCCCCGAUGACGGCGGGGCGCGGAUGAGCGGAGGCCGAAGAGGAAGAAGACAUCCCCACGACCAUGCGCAUGGCGACGAUUGUGGGCACGGGAAGGGCAAGGGCAAGGGCAGGAGAAAACCCAGUCCGAAUGCCUACGAGAGAAUGCCAAAAUAUAAUACGAAGCGCCAGGAUCCUGUGCAGAGAUGAGACCUACGAAGUUGUACCGGAAAGGAUGGGAGUCUGUUUGGAGCGAGGAAGUGAUACAGCCAUAAGGCUUUCUAUGCAGAUGGGCGCUCUACGAAAGAUGGGCGCUCUUCGUGUCGAUUGCGGCCCUGCUUACUGGGACGUUGCCGCUACUUGCUGCCACGGCUGGAUAACGUGGGGGCUCAGCGAUGGCGUUUUCGGGUAAUGAAUUUGCUUGCCUUGCUGCUGGAUCAUUUGAAGGAGAGGAUCGUCCUGCUACCAUCGCCGCACCGACGUUGCCGCCGAUUCGUCUCUCGUGCUGUCAUAUUGCAAUGACAUCAGGUUUGCGAAACACGAAAACCCGUUGUUAUGAAGCAGGCGGAAGUGUUGACUUCAUUCUCUGCGGAACUUGAUACACCAAUCGCCAUCUCAGCAGCCACUGUGCAGCAAUGUCUCAACGACCUUGCUUGAAGCUGGCAAGGCCUCCGAAACCAAGGAUCUAUGCCCCGGCGUGUGUUCCUACGUCUUCUCUGAGAAAAAUUUGCUCUUUGUUGUUACAAGGCAUUGCCUUACGGUGGUGGAAGCACCCUUUUACGAAGGCGGGACCAUUAGCGAUACGAUCAUGGAAGAGAUGAAAAAGAAUAAUGCUUUGACCAUUUCAUUGCAUUCAACGAUUGACCACAUCUGGCCGUUUUCCUCUGACCUUCCACGUAUGCGAGAUGCGAUAGCUAGACUUCCAAACCGGAUGGUGAUACACGUAGUAUGUACUUCAGUGUGAUGAAUUCAACUUCGUCUAGUAAAACGGCUGUGACGGUAACUUCUCAAAUGAUUCUAAUAUCAUUUGCAUGGUCUUCCAGAUAACAUAUUAUGAGGCACUGCUGUCUUAGCGACAAAUUGCGAGAUAGAUGUGAUACCAGGAAAUGAACCUGCAAAUCUGCCUGG